AUGAGAGGUCAAAAAGACAAUGCAAGCCGGUUGGGACAGGUCAUGUUGUCUGGAAAAGCCCCAAUUGACCAUUUCCCUAAAGUAAAGAUUUGUGAAUCUGACAGGGGCAAGAUCGCCACUCCACAUGACGACCCGUUGGUCAUUGAAUUGAAGGUAGCAAACCUCAAGGUAAGGCGUAUUUUAGUAGAUACGGGGAGUUUGUCAAACAUUAUCAGCACAGCUUGUCUAAGUCGUCUUGAGCAUGAUCCAAAGCCAAUUGAAAAAAUACAUUAUCCGAUAAUUGGAUUCGGAGGCGGCAUAAUUCAUCCCCAGGGGAUAAUCACUCUGCCCCUACGAGUUGGAGGCCGGCAUCAAAGCAGGAACUUGAACGUCCGCUUUCUAAUUGUAAAGGACCUCACUGCUUACAAUAUCAUACUGGGUCGUCCAACUUUGAAUCAGGCCAAGGCAGUGGUCGUCACUCAUCUUAUGCUCAUGAAGUAUGUCUGUGAUAAAGGUCAGGUCGGCACAAUUCAUGGUGAUCAACAGCUAGCAAGGGAUUGUUACCUCACUACGCUAAGUCCCGAGGCUUGGGGAAAAACUGACAAAGCCAGAGCAAGCUCAAAAAGAAAACUAGAUGAGAUGGAGUAG